CCUCAUCCCAGACCCAGACACAUCACCUGUACUGUCCCCUCUCUUCUCUCCUCUGCCCGUGCUGCCCCCUGCUUGCUUGGUUACUUAGAGCUAAGCAAGCUUCCUGGAAGCAAGGCCGGCGGCCUGGACAAGAACCACAGCUGAUCGAUUGAUCAAUCAAUCUUCUGCUGCCUCGCAGCCUCAUCAGCCAGCGCAAAGGAAACUAACAAGACGGUACAGAGGCGCUAGCUCCGCGUCGGUCGGAGCUGACUCGCCGUCGUCGGAGGAGCUGGCCAGCUGAUCAGUGAGUAGCUCAGAGCUCUCCAGCCGGUGGAGUUAACACUGAGAUUAAGCUGCCUCCGUUGUUUCACGGUGGCCUCGGCAUCAAUCAUCUGUACCAAGCUAUAGUGUGUGGUUUUUGUCUCGUCAUUGUCUACGAAUCUGUGAGCCAUUUGUUCGAUCGGUGAUUUGCGGCGGCGGCGGCGGUGCGGCGAGGCGAUGGAGACCUUCGGCUGGGCAGGCGGCGGGCAGCUGCACGACGACGUAUACUUUCCGCGCUCGGUGGGGUGUGGCAGGUUCGAGCUGGACGAUGCGUUCCUCGGCGCGUGCUUCGGUUCUCAGCUCCAGUACUGCGACGACGGAGGUGUUGGCGCCGGCGGUGGUCAUGUUGGCGACGACGGUGGAUGCUUGCAGGGUGCCUCGGGAUUUGGCGCUAUGGGCGAUCCGCUGGGCUUGCUGUGCUCGGGGGACAUGUUUGCGUCUGUCGCCGAGGGCGCCGGCACGCACGACGAGGGCCUUCUCGACGCGGCGCUCGCCUUCUCACGGAAGCUCGGCGCCCCCUGCGACGGGAUCAGCGACGGCGGGGCCGUGUCAAACGGCGCCAUGUUGUCCAGCUACAGCGGCACCACCGGCGGCAACAUCUCCUCCGGCGAGUCCAAUAACUACAGCGGCGGCUGCUACGACGCCGAGGUGGUUUCCCCGACGUCCACCAUGUCCCCGACCACGACGUCGCUUACCCAGCCUCCGCUCCACCACCCCAAGCGAAAGCUAUACGACGACCACCCAGCCAUAGCCGCAGCCGCAGCCGCACCGCCGUUCGCGCCGCGCCCCAACCUCGGCGCGGCCGUAAAGCGGAAGGCUUCCACGUCAGCAACAAGCAUCACCUUCGUCCAGCCGUGCCACCACCACGACCCCACCGCCGCCGGGUACGAGCCGGACGUGGAGGCGAUGGCGCAGGUGAAGGAGAUGAUCUACCGGGCGGCGGCCAUGCGCCCCGUCCACCUCGGCACGGAGGCCGCCGCGGACAAGCCACGCCGCAAGAACGUGCGCAUCUCGAGCGACCCGCAGACCGUGGCGGCACGUCUCCGGCGGGAGCGCGUGAGCGACCGCCUCCGCGUGCUGCAGAAGCUGGUCCCCGGCGGCAGCAAGAUGGACACGGCGUCCAUGCUGGACGAGGCGGCCAGCUACCUCAAGUUCCUCAAGUCCCAGGUCCAGAAGCUGGAAACCCUAGGCACCAGCAGCAGCACGGCCAAAUUACAGCACCACUAUUACGGCGGCGGCAGCAGCAGCAGCAGCCAUGGAAUGCUUGCAUUCGCAGCAAAUAACAACACCAUUUCUGGCUACGCAAAUUCUAAUGGAAAUGCAACGAAACUGUUGUAGCACACACUCUGCUUAGCACGUACAAGUGCUACACGUACGUAGUCUCCUCUAUAUACAUGUAGCAUGUUUCUGUUCUCUAGUAUUAUUCUAGGCUUGGUGGUGAUUAAUUAGUGCACGUACACGGCACAUAAUUGGAGUACGUACGUGCUGAUUAAGGCGUGCUAGCUAGUAGUUCGUGAUCAUGUUCUUGAGCAAUAUUUAGAUUACAUCCGCUGGCAAUUCAGCUGCAGUGAGACAUUGCAUGCAAAGUUGACCGUUUGACUUUACAAUUCAGCAUUAAAAAUACAUAUAUAAAA